UUUGCAGAGACAAACCUCGCACAAUAACCUCCAAAUACACAGCUAGCCAUGGCCGCACCAUCUGAUGAUUCUAAUAUCUCAAAGACAUUUGAGAAUAAAUUUUUACAAAAAGAUUCAUACGCUGAAGAGUUGAGAGAAUUGAUGGAUUCACUACCCAAAGAGAAAGGUUGGAUCACUCCAGAUAUGUACAACUACAAAGGCUUUUGGCUGGGUUCCAUUCACUUGCAAGGUGCUCUUAGAUGUCAAAAACACUUCCAAGCUCAAGAUUAUGAUAUUAUGCUAUGUAGCCUCCAAAAAACCGGCACAACCUGGCUGAAAUCUCUAUUAUUUGCCUUGAUCACUCGAAAACAGUACUUCCCUGCAGCUAUAUCACAGCAGCAAAUCCACCCUUUGCUCACAAAAAAUCCCCAUGAACUUAUUCCAGGCAUUGAAUUUUAUUAUGCAAUAGAAAACAGCCCUGAUUUCCCAAUGAAUAACGGGCGGAGGAUAUUGUCUACGCAUUUACCAGGAGCGUUGUUGCCAAAAUCGGUAUGGGAAUCGAAAUGCAAGCUCAUUUAUCUGUGCAGAAACCAAAAGGACACGGUGGUGUCGUUUUGGCACUUCAUGAAUAAGAGGAGGAGUAGUGAGCUUGGAGGCGCGGAAGCUAUGCCGUUUCCAGAGGCAUUUGACAGAUAUUGCAGGGGAGAAUUUCAGUUUGGGCCUUUCUGGGAUCAUAUGUUGGGUUACUGGAAAGAGAGUUUGGAGAAUCCUAGUAAGGUAUUGUUCUUGAAGUACGAGGAGAUUAAGGAAGAGCCUGAUGUUCAUCUAAAGCGGAUUGCAGCGUUCUUGGAUUGCCCAUUUUCUGAGGAGGAAAAAGAGUGUGGCGUAGUAGAUGGAAUCUUGAGGCUUUGUAGCUUCGAAAGCUUGAGCAACUUGGAGGUUAACAAGACUGGAAAGACCAUUUUUAGGCAAACUGGGAAUCAUGCUUUUUUCAGGAAAGGCAAGGUGGGAGAUUGGAGGAACCAUAUGAGUGAUGAAAUGGCCAACAAACUUGAUCAAAUUGUUGAUGAAAAGUUCAAAGGGACAGGUCAACCUGAAAGACGGGUCAAGGAGCAAGCAACCCGAGGUUGAGCCCACGCUGGUCGAGCCCAGCUGGGCCACCUCGGGUCCGAAUGGGCCCAGGCCGACAUCGUGGGCUGACCUCUGGGGGUCAUCUCGGUCGAGUCCCGUGCUCGGUUGAGGCCUUGGGUCUUGGUUGACGCGGUCUGCGUGUGAUGCGAUCCGAGGUCGUUGGAGGGCUUCCCUUCGUUCUCUCUGGGUUUGUUAGGCGGGGAUAGUAUAAAAACAUGCAUAGAUGUCCAGCUAAGACAUCUACUUUGUCCUAAACAAACUUUGUCUUGUUAUUACUAGAGUCUAACUUUGUAAUAGCAUCGUUUACCAUUAAUACAAGCUUAAUCUCUGUGAUUACCCA